CACCUCGAUAUAGAGAUAUAUUUAUUUAUGGCAAUUCAUGACACCCUCGAAUGACCUAUGGAGAUAAGAUUUGAAAUUGCUUGUUCCAAAGCAAGACUAACAGAAUGAUGUUCACAUUGAUUUACAUUUGUGUUUUAUCCUUGUGUGUGGAUACUGCUCGCUCUACAGUAUGUCAUGAUCAGUACAAGGGCUCGUGCAUCGACAAACGGUACAGUUCUUGCCUCACGGGUCAGUAUUAUGUGCUAAGUGGCUGCGGGGCGGAUGAGAUGUGCUGUUACCCGGGAAAGGUUACGCAACUGGUUCCCGCCAUUAGACCCAACCAAUGCGGGUUGAGCACUCCUCAGUCGGCACAACACACCAACAAGAUAGUGGGAGGUACAGUGGCCAGCCCCGGAGAGUACCCCUGGCAGGUAUCCUUGCGCAACUUCGGCAGCCACGUGUGCGGAGGAAUACUGAUAGAUAAGGACUGGGUGCUGACCGCAGCGCACUGCUUCCGAGAAAACCACAACCCUCACGCGUGGACGGUGGUGGUGGGGGAGAAUGACCGAGCCUUUGUCGAGGGACAGGAGAAAAUCAUACAGGUCGACACGCUGUUUGUACACAGAAACUUCGAACCAGUGAACUAUGUAGACGACAUCGCAAUGAUGAAACUUUCGGAAGAAGUUGACGUCACCGCCUACGUGCGACCCGUUUGUCUCCCGCCUGCCGAAAGUAAUUUCACUCUCCAGACGUGCGUCAUCACCGGCUGGGGUGCUGCAUUUACUGGUGGUCACGGCACGCAUGCGCUGUACAAAGCGAACAUCCCAGUUCUUGCCCAGUCUGUCUGUACGUAUCUACUGGACCGGACAAUCCCAAACACCAUGAUAUGUGCCGGCUUCAAGCAGGGAGGCGUGGACACGUGUCAGGGUGACAGUGGCGGUCCGCUGGUGUGUGAUGUUGGCGGGGUGUAUCAGGUGGCCGGGAUCGUCUCGUGGGGCUACUCUUGCGCAGAGCAAUACACGCCCGGCGUCUACACCAACGUCCCCGUCUACAUCGACUGGAUCCACUCCGUGCUCACAGCGUACGACCCCCAAUCGCCGGUGCUGGCCGCCUCGCAUCAUGCGUCCGCCCUCUUUGGGCGGCGGGAGACCGAGGAAUUCCGGAUGUAUCGCUGAACGUCAGCUUUCGCGUCUCAAUGCGCCCUGAUCAUUUGUGUCUGACUCUUCGAUAAAUUUAAUAAAUACAAAUGUUUUGUUCCAAUAGAAAUAAAGAGCAGCCUUUUUA